AACUUGGUCUAGGAGUGUUUACUAUUGCAGCGGUCUACUUCUCCUCCUGGUCUGACACUACUAGAGUUUGGUCUUCCGUGACGUAGACUUAACUCUUCGACGUCAGCAUCUAUAAGACAAGAUCCUGGCUGGCUGCAAUUGUUGAAAUAAAACCGAAAUUGCAACAAAUAAAACAAUAUCCAGACGCGCCAGUGUGAAUGAAAUAGCUGGAAUCGAGAAUUAGUAUCGAUUCAAAAACUCAGCUGCACGAGAAGGUCAAACAAACCUGACAGAGAGACAGCCAGACAGACAGACAGAAGGACGCACGGAUGUAAGGUAGUCAGCAGCGGUGAACAAUCAAUAUACAAUAUAUACAAUCAAUGAACUAACCAUUGACACGUGUUUACAUCCACAAUAGAUUCAAACACGACUGUAGUGGACGUGGUUACUGUACGUUAAUUCAUCAACCAUUUGACAGUGUUUACAGUCACGGAAGGUUCAAGCACGAUUGUCGUGGGCGUGAAUAUACUCAAUUCCUCAGCUAUUUGACGUGUUUAUGGUCACGGUAAAUUCAGGCACGACUGUCGUGGACGCGGUGAAUAUGCUCAGUUAAUAUUAAUCAACAAUUCGACGUGUUUACAGCCGCGGAAGGUUCAAGCACGACUGUUGUGGACGCAGUGAAAAUAAUUAACUGAUCAACCAUUUGACGUGUUUAUAGCCACAGUAGGUUCCAGCACGAUUGGCGUGGACGUGAAUAUACCAAAUUCAUCAAUCAUUUACGUGUUUACAGUCACGGAAGGUUCAAGCACGACUCUCGCGGGCGCGAUGAAUAUAAAAUCAAUCAGUUUCAACUAUUUGGCGUGAGUACGACCACAGUAGGUUCAAGUACGAAUGUCGUGGGCGUAGUGAAUACACAACCAAUCAAGCAAUCAAUUAAUCAACCAUUUGACACGUGUUUGUAAUAUCAACUGAAGGUUCAAGCACAUAUUCCGUGGGCAUAGUGAAAAUACAAAGACAGUAACAAAACAAACAAAAAUUAGCCAAAAUCUAAAAUUGCAGAAAGAAAAAAAAAAGAAGAAGAAGAAAGAAGAAGAAAUAACAAAAAUCUAAGAUUACAGGAAAAAUCAAGAUGGCGGCUGGCCGGAAGUCUGCGGUUGUGUUCCUCGUGAUAGAGCUGGCUAUUUUAGUUCCGUACAUUGUGGCCUUCUCGCUGGACACGUGGGCGGUGAUAAUCGAGGACGGCCUCACGGAGUCGAUGAGGGCCAACAUGGGGCUGUGGUGGGGGUGCGGCUACAACCACGACAUGCACCUGGACGGAAUCUCCAAAACACAAGUCUGCUUCUCCAUGUUGGAGGCCGGGGUUCCAGCGUGGUUGCGGGCUGUUCAGGCGUUCGCUAUUCUCGGCAUUUUCUUCGGUGUUGUCUGCGUGGUCCUUACUGGGGUCAUGGCGUGGGGCCCUUGUGACCCCAACAUGAUGUUCAAAGUAUUUCUACCUGUCUGGUACUUCGCAGGCUUCACCAUGCUUCUUGCGAUUGUGAUUUUCGGUGCGAGCAUGGCGCCGUAUGAGGAAGUGGUUCCGGUUUUUAGACAUGGCUCCGAGAUAUGGCGAAGUGUCAUCAUCCAGAAAUUUUGGACGGCGUUCAUUAUCGAGUCCAUCGCUGCUUGCGCUUGGAAUUCGUUUGGCUUUAUCUUCCUCUGUGCUAUAUGCUGCACGUAAAAAAAAGAAAAAAAAAAGAAAGAGGAUUUCUCAAAAUCUGCAGUAGGAAGAUUAAACAGGGUUGUUGGUCGCUUCUAUAGCUGAAAGCAUUAGCAAGAAUCAAGUUUAAUCCGUUACACAAGUAUUCAUGACGUCGGGGAAUACAAUGUUUCUCAGGUUAUAUGCAAAGCCGGUACAGUGACUGAUUCACAGUUAGAGAUGGUUCAGGUUACUACGCGGGUAACAUGUGGUGAUUAAUGAAAGUAGUACUACACAAUUCACAGUAGCAAUAGCAAAUUAUUAUUUUUUAUUAGUAUUAAGUUGUCACCGCUGCUGCCAAAAUGGACGAAAUUUAUCUACUGCCUUAUUGCGUUUGCUAUCUGUUGUCUGUCUGACUGUCUCCUUUCCUCCCCAUCCCUCCCACCCGACCCCCACUAUCUCUCCUCUUCUCUGUCUGUCUGUGUGUGUGUGUGUCUCUCUCUCUCUCUCUCUCUCUCUCUCUCUCUCUCUCUCUCUCUCUCUCUCUCUCUCUCUCUCUCUCUCUCUCUCUCUCUCUCUCUCUCUCUUCCCAUUCUCAUAUGUCCCUUUCUCUGUCAUCUCUUUUUUUAAUUAUCUCCUCACUCAUUCUGUAUUCUCCAUGUGUCCGUUUCUGUCUCUGUCUUCACUCUGUCUCUGUCUCUCUCUUCCUCUCUGUCUGUCUGUCUGUCUGUCUGUCUGUCUUGUCUCUCUCUCUCUCUCUCUCUCUCUCUCUCUCUCUCUCUC